CUGCGUUCAGCUCGCGCUCUCAGUGCGCACGCGCGUUCUCGCGGGGGAGCGCGGGGCUCACCGAGCCUGGCAGAGUCUCUGCGCUACAGACGAGUUCGUGUAAGCCAGGCAGGGCGCAGCGUUACCAUGGUCUUCUCCAUCCCGCCGACACAUCCCCGGCCGGACCGUUUCACUUCCGCGAUCAGAUUCGACAGUGUGCGCGAGCGUGAGGGACCUUGUAGUUUGAGCGCAGAAUGCACGGGGGAAGGAGAGGACUGGUGGCGCCGCAGAACACUUUUUUGGAAAACAUCGUCCGACGUUCAAGCGAGACCAGUUUUCUCUUGGGUAACGCUCAGAUCGUCGAGUGGCCUAUAGUGUACAGUAAUGACGGAUUCUGCAAGCUGUCUGGCUACCACAGGGCUGAGGUCAUGCAGAAGAGCAGUACUUGCAGUUUUAUGUAUGGUGAACUGACAGACAAGAAGACAAUAGACAAAGUCAGACAGACUUUUGACAGCUAUGAGUCCAAUUGCUUUGAAGUCCUGCUCUAUAAGAAGAACAGGAGCCCAGUAUGGCUAUACAUGCAGGUGGCGCCGAUCAGGAACGAAAACGAUAAAGUGGUUCUGUUCCUCUGCACCUUCAAGGAUAUAACCGUCUUCAAACAACCCAUCGAGGAUGAGACCACCAAAGGAUGGACCAAAUUUGCAAGACUGACCAGAGCGCUGACCAACAGCCGUGGCACACUCCAGCAACUCGCACCGUUAAACAAAACUGAAGUGAGCCACAAGCACUCAAGACUGGCUGAGGCUCUUCAGUUAGGCUCAGACAUCCUCCCACAAUACAAACAGGAGGCUCCUAAAACUCCUCCUCAUAUCAUCCUGCACUACUGCACCUUCAAGACCACCUGGGACUGGGUCAUCCUCAUCCUCACCUUCUAUACAGCCAUCAUGGUGCCCUAUAAUGUCUCCUUCAAGACCAAACAGAACAACCUGGCCUGGCUGGUGUUGGACAGUGUGGUGGAUGUCAUCUUCCUGGUGGACAUUGUGCUUAAUUUUCACACCACAUUUGUGGGGCCUGGUGGAGAGGUCAUAUCAGAUCCUAAACUCAUACGUAUGAACUACCUGAAAACCUGGUUUGUCAUAGACCUGCUCUCCUGCCUGCCAUAUGACAUCAUCAACGCUUUUGAGAACGUGGAUGAGGACUCCAUCUCUGACUCCUCUUCAGUGGGCCACAUCCCGGCAGGGCGGAACAGCACACGCACCGAAGACUCCGUGCUGCCGGGUCUCAGCAGCCUUUUUAGUUCACUUAAAGUGGUGCGUCUGCUGCGUCUGGGCCGUGUGGCUCGUAAACUUGACCACUAUCUGGAGUAUGGCGCUGCUGUUCUGGUUCUCCUUGUCUGCGUCUUUGGCUUGGUCGCUCAUUGGUUGGCCUGUAUCUGGUACAGCAUUGGCGACUACGAAGUCAUUGAUGAAGUCACCAACACCAUUAAGACAGACAGCUGGCUCUAUCAGCUAGCAAUCAGUAUCGGCACACCUUAUCGGUACAAUGCGAGUGGAUCAGGCCAGUGGGAGGGAGGACCCAGUAAGGACACCCUCUACAUAUCAUCACUCUACUUCACAAUGACCAGCCUGACCACCAUUGGCUUUGGUAACAUCGCUCCUACCACGGAUGGCGAGAAGAUCUUCUCUGUGGCCAUGAUGAUGGUGGGAUCUCUCCUGUAUGCCACCAUCUUUGGAAAUGUGACCACCAUCUUCCAGCAGAUGUACACCAAUACCAACCGCUACCAUGAGAUGCUGAACAAUGUACGGGACUUUCUGAAGCUCUAUCAGGUGCCAAAAGGUCUGAGCGAAAGAGUAAUGGACUACAUUGUCUCCACCUGGGCAAUGUCAAAAGGCAUUGACACAGAGAAGGUGCUGUCCAUCUGCCCCAAAGACAUGAGGGCGGACAUUUGCGUACACCUAAACCGGCAGGUGUUUAAUGAGCAUCCUGCCUUCCGGCUGGCAAGUGACGGUUGUCUGCGCUCUUUGGCUGUGGAGUUCCAGACCACACACUGCGCGCCUGGAGACCUCAUCUUCCACGCUGGAGAGAGUGUUGACACGCUAUGCUUUGUGGUGUCCGGCUCGCUUGAAGUCAUUCAGGAUGAUGAGGUUAUUGCCAUUCUAGGUAAGGGUGAUGUGUUUGGUGAUGUUUUUUGGAAAGAGACCACGCUUGCUCAUGCAUGUGCCAAUGUGCGGGCGCUGACUUACUGUGACCUGCAUGUAAUCAAGAGAGAGGCUCUGCUCAAGGUGCUGGAAUUCUACACAGCUUUUGCCAACUCUUUCUCGCGUAACCUCAUCCUCACCUGCAACCUCCGGAAGCGGAUUGUCUUCCGUAAAAUCGCGGAUGUGAAGAAGGAGGAGGAGGAGAGGAGACACCAGAAAAACGAGGUGACACUCUCCAUUCCUGUCGACCAUCCAGUCCGCAAACUCUUCCAGAAGUUCAAACAGCAGAAAGAGAUGAGAGCACAGGGGUCCUUGCUGCCUGACCUGGAGAGGAACCAGCUCCAUAUGGAGCACCAGCUCCAUCCACUGGCCCACCACCACCACCACCAUCAGCAGCACCAUUAUCCUCAGUCCCAAUACCAGGUGCACCACUCACUCCAUCAUCACCAUGGACCCUCUAUGCAAAAUGGGGCUCCUGGUUUGGGUGGAGGUAGUGGUAAUGGUGGCUCCACAGUUGUUACUGUUUCACAGAUAACCCCAGUUCAAAACUCCCUGGCAUAUGUUCAGACAGAGGACUUCAGUGGGAGAGCCUGCCAUGAGGCCAUGGAGCUUAAGCCCAGUCUCAGUAUGGUUGACCAGAACUGUCUAAAGUUUACUAGUCCUGUCCGACCCAGGGGUGGUGGUGGUGGUGGACGGGGAUGGAUGCGUCUCAGGAACACAGAAAAUGGAGCUUCACUUGCUCCUCCAUCUAACUCAGAUUGGCCACAGAGGGAGGAGGAGUGGGGAGAUGUUACGCAUCCCCUGAGAUUGCUCCCAGAAGAUACCAAAAACCAGGCAGCUGAAGGUAAAGAAUCCAUUACAGUCAGUUUAAACAGAAAUGGGAGUGACAUUGGAAAUGGAGGCACUGAAGGAGCAGAUGAGAAGAGUGCACUACACAAGACAGAUUCUUGUGACAGCGGUAUCACCAAAAGUGACUUACGCAUUGACAGGGUAGGUGACUCUCGUAGCCCCAUGGAGCGGAGUCCAUUUGAACAGCCUAGCCCUGGAGUAGGGGCCUUGACCACAAGAAGUCUUUCUUUCCUACCUGUGCCUGAGCAGGCUCUGCUUCAAAGCACCUUACAGGAGGCUAAGAUGGAACUUAAGGAAGACAUCCAGACCCUGAGUGGUCGUCUGUCUGUCCUGGAGGCCCAGGUGGGGGAGAUUUUAAGACUGCUCUCAGAGCAGAGGAGGUCAAGCCCACAACCACAGACUUCAACCCCCAAAACCAAACUCGAAUGUCAGGACAUUUUCAUUGUCUCAAGACCUAUUACUCCUGAGGCAGACAAAGAUGAUGAACCUUUUUGAAUCAAGAGAGAAACAUUUAUUUAUUUAUUUAAUAGAGGUUGGUGGGUUUAUUUAUAAUCUUACCUCUUCUCAAUAAGAAAUAGAAAAACCUGUUGAAGGGGUAAAAAAAUAUUUGUACUGUAAAUAGAUGCAUGUCCAGCUGGAAUCUGGCCUGCCAAUGAAGUCUACUUUAAGAAUAGUAAUUGCUUGGACAUUCAUGACUGCAUGCAAAAUUAUUUAAAAAGACACAAUUUUUAUACUGACCCCAUGUGCUGGACUAUCUCUUGACUAAUAUUUCAGGGCAUUUAUCUUCAAGAGCAGUCGCAUUGCACGGUGCACACAGGAGCUCUGUGGCUGUAAUGAAGGCUUGGUGUGGUAUUUGGUAGCAUUGCUUGAACAAAACACCUCUGCAGACUUACUUAGCUAUUUUCAUAUUUUCCACAAUAUUUUCCCCCACAUAUCCCCAUAUCUUGUUCAUUUCAAGUAUGUCUAACGCCCUACAAAUCAUAGCAUGCAGACUGGAGAUGGAUAUCCAAAAGAGAUUAUUUUUAUCUUCUAAUAUAGAAAUAAAAAGAUAUGUAGCUCUUAUUUUUAUCAACAUAUGCCCAUGGAGCAAUAUUUUCAUGUUAAAUUUGACACUAGAGAAUGUGGGAUGGGUUGGGAAAUGUUUUGGUAUGAUGUGAGUGCAUGCUGGAUUUGUAAUAUUAAUUGGCAUGAAAGGGAGAACUAAGUGAUCAUUAAGUUGUACACAUUAACAUGUCCAACUUUGGUAUGGACUAAAUUUUGGGAGAAGUCUUAGAAGCAUGAACAUACCCAUGUCUAUAUUAUCAUAAGCAUGAACAUGUUUUUUUUUUCUGCAUGGGUAACAAGUCCUUUUGGUACAUUAAUGUAAACAUUGAAGAUGCUAAUUUGGUAAAUUGAUCUGUUUUCCUAUUGUUUUCCUAUUUUGUUCAUUUCACUUUACCCUUACAUUGACAAGUUAAACAAGCUGAAUUGAACUUGAAGAAAACUAUAUGAUUGGAAACUACAUGUUUUUGUUUGGUCAUGUAGCUGAAGAGGGCAUUGAUUAGAAAAGCAAAGAAUAUUUGCAUGCUAUCCUCCUCAAACCCAUUGUGCACUCAGUGCACAGUUAUUUAGUAACACUAUACAUGUUCCUUAAUCAGAUUUUGAGCUCUAUUUUUUCUCCUUUUUUCAAUUAAUGAAUAAAUUGUUAGAAAUCUCAAGAGUCAAGAAGGUACAGCACAAACCCAGUAUGACUGUGGCUGUAGUGAGCUGAAUGACUGAGAGAAAUAUUGAAAAAUUCUUUCUCCAUAUACAUAUGUAUUAUGAAUAGUUUAGCAUAAAUCCAGGAGUUAAAAUCAACUGGAUCACAGUGAAUAUUCAGAAUGUAGUACUAUACUUUUUUUUUAAUUUUUAAUUUUUUUAUAGAUAUUGUUCAGUUGUUUAAUUUACUGACAUUGAAAAUACAAUUAAGUAUGCAGUAUAAACCCAAUUUUGUGUAAGAGGAAUUGUGUCCAUUUACCAAAUAUUUGUAAAACUCUUCAUCCUAAAGUUUCCUUAUAGCUUUUCUAUGGAUACAUCAAAUUUGCCUAAUUAUACUGGCCUUAAAAUUGACAAGCAAUAACCUUUCAGUUGAAGUAGGGUUGGUCUCUGGUUUUCAGUCCUAGGUGUGUACAAUCAUGUAAUAACUAACAGUGGGAGAAUAAACAUACUGAAAACACUGACCUUUACAGACAUAAAAUACUGGAGGCCAUGUAGAUGCUUAAUUUCCCCUCAAAGGUGCAAAUGGUUCGAUCUGCACAUAGAUUCAUGAUGUGAUUGCUGUUAAUGGAGGAACCCUAACACAGUCAUGAUUUUGCUCAAGAAAACCAGGGUAUCACUAAAAAACCAGGGUGAGCUGGUAUUAGCUUUUGUAUUAGACAUGCUGAGUAACCAAGAUAACAUAUACAAAGGAUAUCAUUGUUGGUGCAGAAGAGCAAGAAUAGAUGGACAUGUACAGGAUGAUUAGCGAUUAUAUCUUCACAAUAUAAUAACUUUCACAAAUGUGACAUGUUGGCAUAACAUUAAUCUUAACCUCAUAAUACACAUGCUCAGCUAUUCUAAUCUGAGUCAGCUAUUUUGGGUUUGAAUGCUUUUUUUCCCCACCCCUUUUUUAAAGAUAAAUUUGGUUAGCGGUUAUUAACAAUUUCAUAAAGUUUAUCUUGGUAAAUGUACUGCCUCAGCAUUUCUUAUUCUACAUCAUUCUUCAUGAUUCAUUUUACUCAGGCUUUGAGAGUGUAUCUGAGAGUGUACGUUAUACACAGGUACAGUUAUAUGAGAUCAGAGAAUAAUGAUUAAAACUUUUUUGCGGCAAAUGUAUCUUAAAUAAAUCAUAGUUGUUAUUAAAACCA